AUGAAUUUAAAUUGUUUUUCUGGACGUGCGGACGUGGAGACGGAAUCGAAACUGGAGGCAGCGUCAAACCAAGUGGAACUUGCUUUUACUCGGAUUCAAAAGUCAGACAAGAAGUAUCAGUGUCUAGAACAGGCUAUUAAAGAUAAACACUUGGAAAAGACACAGGAAAUGGAGACGCAUCUGCAGUGGCUCUUUCAGCAAAAGACACAAUUGGAACAAGAUUUUCAUAUCGUAAACAAACAAUUAGAGGACAAGAAGAUGAGACUAAAGGAGAGAAGAGCGGAAUUUUUACAUUAA